AUGCACAAAUUAUUGAAGGAAGUUGUUAAAGUCUACACCCAAUUCCAAAAAUUAGGACCAACUUACCUAGACACCUUUGAUAAUCGUGCCAUUACUGAAGCUACCUUUGAAGCUGUUAAAACGAAACAAUUACAAGAAUAUGUCAAAAAAGAAUUCAAGCCCAUUGGAGACGUCUCCAUGUUGCCUAUACAUCUAGAGCCAGAGCAUCGUUUCACUAUUGCUAUGUUUGCUUUGAGACCAGGAGUCAGAAUGCCUUUACACGAUCAUCCCAAUAUGUUCGUUUUGAGCCAUGUUAUGAAUGGUUUGGGGGAAAGAGAAGCUUGGGAUGUCGAUCCUAUUGAUCAUCAUCAGUAGAUUGAAUUCAGAAGGAAUAAGGGAGAUUCUAGAAUUGUGAAGGGAAUUCAAUAUCCAAAAUUACAACUCAAAGAAGGUGAUAAUUGCUACACAACUCCUAAUAAGUGCAAUUUACACAAGUUUUCGAAUAUUCAUGAAUCUGAACUAUUCAUAUUCCUUGAUGUUAUCUUGCCUCAUUACAAUGGAGUUGAUAGGGUUAUCAACUUCUAUGAACCAUUUAGUGAAGACUAAUUGGAAUUGAUGGGAAAUCCUAAAACCUAUUAGAGACAUCCCAUUGAUGUUGAUGAUAUCAGAGAGUUUAUCGUUUAAUGAAAAAUUAGACAUAAUACCUAUGAUUUAUCAUUACGUAAUAAAUUAUCAACAAAUUAAAUCUUCUUA